AUGGCCCUGCCCCGCACGCUGGGCGAGCUGCAGCUAUACCGGGUGCUGCAGCGUGCCAACCUGCUAGGCUACUACGAGACCUUCAUCCAGCAAGGGGGGGACGACGUUCAGCAGCUCUGCGAGGCGGGCGAGGAGGAGUUCCUGGAGAUCAUGGCGCUGGUGGGCAUGGCCACCAAGCCCCUGCACGUCCGCCGCCUCCAGAAAGCCCUACGCGAGUGGGCAUCCAACCCGGGGCUCUUCAGCCAGCCGGUCUCGGCCGUGCCCGUCAGCAGCAUUCCCCUCUUCAAGCUCUCUGAGGCCGGUGGGCGCAAGGCGCUCAGCAAUGGCCACGCCAGCCCUGGCGAGGCCGCGGGCAAAGGUGGCGGUGGCACCGGGACGCCCCCGGCCCGCAGCCCCACGGAGCCUGGGGAGAAGCUGUCACCGUCGGCGCUGCCGCCGUGGCCCGGGAGGAGCACCCCCGAGUCAGAGGGUGGUGGGGAUGAGGAGCCAGGGGGUCCCCCCUUCUCCCCUGGCGGGAGCGGUGGCGAGCAGCCAGCGGGCACGGAGGUGCUGGAGCCGGAGCUGGUGAGGACGGUGGUGGAGAGUGUGGAGCGGCUGCUGCAGAGUUGCCCCCGGGGUGGUGAGGCCGAGCUGCGGGCCCUGAUGAAGCUCAACAAGAAGCUGGCCAAGGCCGUGGGGCACAUCUUCCAGCUGGAGGACGGUGACCGGCACAAGGAGGAGGAGAUCCGCCGGCACAGUGCCAUCUACGGCCGCGGCGAUGCCCGGCGCCGCGAGGGCAAGCAGCUCACCCUGCACGAGCUCAUCAUCAACGAGGCGGCAGCGCAGUUCUGCCUGCGGGACAACUCUCUGCUGCUGCGCCGUGUGGAGCUCUUCUCGCUGUCGCGGCAGGUGGCCCGGGAGAGCUCCUACCUGUCCUCGCUGAAGGUGGCCAGGGCACAUCCCGAGGAGACUGGAGCUACCGUGGCCAAGCGACUCAAGCAGGAGGCAGGAGAGCAGAGCCGCCCUGAGCUGCUGCCGCUGCCGGUGGUGCCGGUGGGACCGGAGCCCCCUGGUGCCGCGUACCGAGCUGGGCUCGAUGAGGACACCGGGAGCAUCUCCGGGGAGAGCCUCGAUGGCCACUUGCAGGUGGCAGGGGGCUGUCCCCGGUUGACCCCCCCACCCGUGGCAGCCCCCGAGGUGGCUCUCGGCCUACCCCCGCACGGGCUCUGGAGUCGCCACAUCCUGCAGCAGACGCUGAUGGACGAGGGGCUGCGCCUGGCCCGCUUGGUCUCACACGAACGCGUGGGGAGGCUCAGCCCCUGCCUGCCCGGGAAGCCCCCGGCGCCAGAGUUCGAGGAUGGGCUGGCGGAAAGGGGUCCUCCGGCCCCCCCGGAUCCCCCCCGCAGCACUAUCAAGGUGGAGCAGGAGACCAGCCGCCAGUGA